AUGAAUAGUAUGAAUGAAUGUGAAGAAAGAAUACCGAACGAUCAUCCUUUGACACGAAAACAGCACUAUCUAUGUUCGAAUGCGAAUCGGAGGAGAAUUUGGUUAACUAUUUCCAGAGAUAAAGAAGAGGGUGCAUCUCGACACGAACAAUUCUCGGACACGAUCUUCUGGACGAUUAGAUUGAUAUUUCGACGUGAAGUGAAGGCAAGUGAAGGAGGUGACGAAAAGGAACGGAACACAGUGGAUUAUAUUUACACAGCGAACAAUAUCCCAGAAAGCAUUGCCGUUGCCACUCUUCUGAAGCAGUUCUUGAAACCGAAAAAGAUUGGUCCCGUAGUGAAUCGUGAUGAGUUGGACGCUGAUAAAAUGUUGCCGUUUCAAGAAGCUGGUAUUGACAACUUGCUUGUUUAUAUGCCCGUUCCGAUGGAAGAUAAACAAAGGUUGUUAUUUAUUCGCAAUGGUUCAGCGUUUCAUUAA